AGUGACCACCAGCUAUGUCCCCUCCCCGUUAAAAGCCACGAUUGGAAGCAGAGCUAGCCGACGAGCACAAGGAGAAAGCACGCCUCGACCUUUUAUUACCACCGCUCUCUAUCUGCUUAACACCACUCGCAGGAAUUCCCCCGACGGCAGCAGAGGAAGCAGAGCAAACUGCAAGAAGGGGCGAGAGCAGGACGCAGAGGCGUACGGCAUCCAUGGACUCCCGCAAGGAGGAGCAGCAUGGGGGAGCGGUGGGGUGGAUGACGGUGCCGACCUUCGGGGACUGGGACAUGAAGAACGGCCCCGUGCCGGACUACUCCAUGGACUUCUCAAAGAUCCGCGAGAUGCGCAAGCAGAACAAGCGCGAGCUCUCCCGGGCCAGCCUCGGCGGCGACGACGACCUCCUCGCCCAGCAGCACAAGGCGGCGCAGGCCCAGGCCGCCAAGGCCGCCGAAUUCGCCCCGGCAGCCGACGACCACCACCGGCCGCUCCACACCGCACACGACGAUUCACCCACGGGAAGGAAGAAGUUCCUGAGCUAUUUCCAGUGCUGUAUCAGAGCCUGAAGGAUUGUGUGAAACUCACGGUUCAUACGCCUGCGCAAAUAGCUUCUUAGGUUCUUCAUUAUUGUAAAGUUUGCAUAAUGUUGAGUCUCCUGCUCUGUAAUCAUGUUUCUCCUUUUGUGAGAGAGGAAAGGGUCAAAUCGUGAGAGAUCAAAGGCUCAUCUGUUCAUACUGUUUUCUUUUCAAAUGGUAUGCAACUUGUAGUGCAAUAUAAUCUGCAAUCUUUCGAGGGACC